UCGAACUAAAACCGUUGAAUGAGUCGGACGCGGGAUUUGUGCUCGUUGGCAUCGCAAGUGUAAAGAAAUUUAACAAUUUAUUGCAACGAAUUUGUUGUAAUUGCAUACAUAAAAUGCACAACGCAACGUGCAAUUAAUUCAUUAAGCGCAUACGAUUUUUUUGUAUUGCUAUUUACAAAAUCCAAGAAUCAGCGAGAUAUACUUUGAGUAUAUUUGAAUAGCAUAAACAACAUAAAGAGAAGAUAUUUUCGCUGUAAAGCCAAAAAAGCUCUUUAUGCUGCCGCUGACCGUCGUACAAUUAUAAACAAACAAAAAAAAAAAGCAGAAAAAAACAAAAACAAACCUUUGGAAUACACUUUUUUCAUCAACUUCUGUAUUAAAUAUCGUCGACUUCGCCACCCACGCAACGAAAAUGAAAUCAAAGCUGAAAGCUGCGCUGCUGACGUCGCCGUCAUCGUUGAUGUUAAUAUCAUGGAUGCUUUUGAUUCUGCUGGUGGCCACCACACAAGCAGCUGAUGAGAAAUCUGUGAAACCAUCGGCAGCGGCGCCCUCAUCGACAUUCUCAUCAACAUCAGCGCAUCGAGAUGAAAUUUAUAUCGAUGAUGAAGGCACUGACGGAUCCGGCGGACAUGGCGGGAUACACGAUGAUCUAGACAAGGAUCCGGACUAUUCUGGCUCUGGCUUUGGACCCGAUGACGAGGACGCCAUUACCGAUCAUAAUCAUAAUACGCGAGUGCAAGGCGGUGGCCACAUAAACACAGCUCAUACACCAACAACACAAACAACAACCACAAGUACCACCACCUCCUCCACCUCCACCACAACCAGCAGCACCACCGCCUCCACAAGCACAUCCUCAACAACAACAACAACAACAACAACCACCACAGAACCGACCAUCAUCGACACACCCAACUCCUCAUUCAAUAAAUCCCAAACCGCAACACAACGCACGCCUCCAUUGCCCGAACCUGAAGAGGAUGACGACGGUUUUGAUCUGGAAGAACCCUUGCAAGGCAGCGGUGAUGGCGAUGGCGAUGGCGAUGACGAUAGCGAUGACUAUGACGUAGAUGACGAUGACGAUGAAGAUAAAGAGGAUACCAAUGAUAGCGAUGAUCAUGUGACUAAGGACGAUGAUCUGAUUGUUCCCGAUCAUAAGGGCGAGCUUGAAUCGCAUCCCAAGGAGGAUAAGAAUGAUGAACAAACCAUCGAUGUGGAUGGCGGCGAGGAUGAAGAAGAUCUAUACACCGAUAUCACUGAUAAGAAGGACGAAGGCACGGAACGCACCUCCUCAGGCUCGGGUGGCAGCGUCAGCACCAACUUCCACGAAUUGGACCCCAACAAUAUCAAUAGCCAGCCGACAGACACGAAAAUCGUUGAGCACAGGCCCGGCGGCAAUAGCGAGGUGGUCAUCAUGAGCGAGGAGGAUCGCACGACAAGCUUCUUUGCGCAGCCUGGCAUCUUGGCUGCUGUCAUUGGAGGCGCCGUUGUUGGCCUACUGUGUGCCAUACUUGUGGUCAUGUUCAUUGUCUAUCGCAUGCGGAAAAAGGAUGAAGGUUCCUAUGCGCUGGACGAGCCAAAGCGUUCGCCCGCCAACAACUCCUAUGCGAAAAAUGCGAAUAAUCGUGAGUUCUACGCCUGAGAUAAUGGCACAGCGCGCAGGUAUUAAGCUGAUCGAGAGCUGGAGUGCGAGUAGGCAGCAGCAGCAGCAGGAGGAGGAGGAACCGAGGAGCGGAGUCAUGACGACAACACUUGACAACUUAAGGUUAACGCGUGCAUUUGAAUUUGGUUAACAAACAAAAGCUCGGCUCAAUACACUGCGUGAUAAUAACAACAACAUGAAGGAGAAUAACAUUAACAAAUUGAAAACUAACAACUGGAUGGAAAGCUACAAACAUUAACAACAACAACAACAUCAGAAGCAACCACUCUGAAGAUCACACAAUUUUUCGCAAGGGGUAAACAAACAAAAAACAAAAAAAAAAAACAAAAACAAAAACAA